AUGUCUCGAAUGUAUAAUAUUGACAUUUGUAUUACUACUAACUACAUGAUUUACGGGGUGAGAAAUCUUCUUUAUGAAGGUUAUUCUUUUCCCAUGCCCCUUGGUACCUUGAAUUGUUUGUUGGACGCCAAAAUGAUCCAACACCUUGGCGAAUCAUACCUUGAGAAUACCUUGUAUAACACUGAUAAACGUCAUGAGAGACAUCUUCUCUGGGAAGAUAUUAUUGGAAUUCUUUGUGAAAUUAUUAAUGGUCUUAAACGAAUUCAUGAUAAUGGACUUUAUCACGGCAAUCUUCACGGCGGAAACUUACUAAUUGAAAAUGAACUUGGAAGUGUCGGUAAAGGUUGA